AGCGAAAUAAUGACGGAAACGUUUCCGCUGCAUGAGUGCGUCUUUAACGGUGAUACCAGAAAACUGUCGCUACUGCUCCGGACACACGAAAUCGCCGAAAAGGACAAGCAUGGAAACACUCCACUCCAUUUGGCUGUUAUGCUAGGAAAGAAAGAGUGUAUCUUCCUAUUGCUUGCACAUGGCGCACCGGUUAAAGUAAAAAAUUCACAAGGAUGGUCACCAUUAGCAGAAGCGAUCUCGUACGGGGAUCGACAGAUAAUCAGUGCAUUGCUGCGGAAACUGAAACAACAGGCCCGCGAACAGAUGGAACAACGGCGUCCAAAUCUGGUGAAAGCCCUCAAACAGAUGGGUGACUUCUAUAUGGAGCUGAAGUGGGAUUUUCAUUCAUGGGUUCCACUCAUCUCACGCAUACUUCCCUCGGACGUUUGUAAAAUUCAUAAGUCCGGCUGCUCGAUACGGCUCGAUACGACGCUGGUCGAUUUUUCCGACAUGCGCUGGGAGCGGGGUGACAUUUCGUUCAUUUUCAAAGGCGAAAACCCGCCAAAGGAUUCGCUGACAGCACUCGACAAUGAGUGCCGCUGCUACCAGCACGUCCGGCACGAGGAGACCGAGAUGGAAAUUGAGGAUGAGGUCGAUAUACUGAUGUCGAGUGACAUCCUUGCAGCACAGAUGUCAACCAAGGGUAUUAGUUUUACAAAAGCACAAUCGGGAUGGAUCUUCCGCGAAGAUCGGCGGGAAACGGUGGCCGGACAGUACGAUAGCGAUCUGUACACCAUAAACGGAUUGACGCUGGAGCAGCGCAAACGCCGCGAGCAUCUAUCACGGGAUGAUCUACAGAAAAAUAAGGCGCUCAUGGAGUCACUGACGAAGGGAGGACAGAGUCAACAGGGCGGUAUCGAUCAGAAUGGAGAGAUUUACCGGCGAGAAUCGCUACAACCGCCGCCUAACAGUGAGGUUACCUGGGAGGAAUACGUUUCGGCUGAGCCGGGCCAGUAUCCCAACUUAGGUCGUGAACUAGUGUAUAAGGAAUCAAGCAAAAAUUUUAAAGCAACAGUAGCUAUGAGCAAAGACUUCCCUCUGAGUGUAGAUAUGCUGUUGAACGUGCUGGAAGUAAUAGCACCGUUCAAGCAUUUCAGCAAGUUGCGUGAAUUCGUAACACUGAAACUACCCAGCGGCUUCCCGGUGAAGAUCGACAUCCCCAUCCUGCCGACAGUGUCGGCCAAGAUUACGUUUCAAAAGUUCGAAUUCCGGGACGAUAUUUCACCUGAUCUGUUUGUCAUUCCGGAGGAUUACAAAGAGGACACGAUGAGGUUUCUCAUUUAUUUCAUAGAUUUCCUGAUUUAUGACCUUUCGAUUUCGACGGACUAA